AUGGCAACGACCAAAAUGGCCUCCCACCUAAGCCACGAAGAGUUCUUCACCUCCCUAACAGACCUCCUCUCCAAAACAUCCCAGAAAUCCCACGGCUCCGUCUACCUCACGCAGAAACCUCUUCUUCCACCCACACAAGACCAAGACGGCUCCUCGAUCUCACUACCCUCCAUGCUCAUCCGCGCAACAGACGGGAAGACCAGCGCCCCAAGCCCAACGACGAAAACAAAUACCGAUAAAUCGCAAUCGAAGAGCGCAUCGCAAAAGACCAGGACGCCCAAGGUGAAAAUCUCCACCGUCGUCGCUCUGGAGGAGCUGGAGGCCUUUUAUACGCGGUACGCGGAGAUAUGUAAAGCUGGCAUGUCGGGGUUGAAGAAGAAGCAGCGGAAGAAGAGGAGCAAGGCCAAGGGUGGGGCUGGGAAGGUUACCAAGUCUUGA